AUGCAGCUGUUCUAUAGACUGAGCCUGCAGGUGGACAUGCAGCUGUUCUAUAGACUGAGCACUUACAUGCUGCAGGUGGACAUGCAGCUGUUCUAUAGAAUGAGCACUUACAUGCUGCAGGUGGAUGUGCAGCUGUUCUAUAGACUGAGCACUCACUUGCUGCAGGUGGACAUGCAGCUGUUCUGUAGACUGAGCACUCAUGUGCUGCAGGUGUACAUGCAGCUGUUCUGUAGACUGAGCACUCAUGUGCUGCAGGUGGACAUGCAGCUGUUCUGUAGACUGAGCACUCACUUGCUGCAGGUGGACAUGCAGCUGUUCUGUAGACUGAGCACUCACGUGCUGCAGGUGGACAUGCAGCUGUUCUAUAGACUGAGCACUCACUUACUGCAGGUGGACAUGCAGCUGUUCUGUAGACUGAGCACUCAUGUGCUGCAGGUGUACAUGCAGCUGUUCUGUAGACUGAGCACUCACGUGCUGCAGGUGGACAUGCAGCUGCUCUGUAGACUGAGCACUCACGUGCUGCAGGUGGACAUGCAGCUGUUCUGUAGACUGAGCACUCACGUGCUGCAGGUGGACAUGCAGCUGUUCUAUAGACUGAGAACUCACACACUGCAGGUGGACAUGCAGCUGUUCUAUAGACUGAGCACUCACGUGCUGCAGGUGGACAUGCAGCUGUUCUAUAGACUGAGCACUCACGUGCUGCAGGUGGACAUGCAGCUGUUCUAUAGACUGAGCACUCAUGUGCUGCAGGUGGAUGUGCAGCUGUUCUAUAGACUGAGCACUCACGUGCUGCAGGUGGAUGUGCAGCUGUUCUAUAAACUGAGCCUGCAGGUGGACAUGCAGCUAUUCUAUAGACUGAGCCUGCAGGUGGACAUGCAGCUGUUCUGUAGACUGAGCACUCACGUGCUGCAGGUGGACAUGCAGCUGUUCUGUAGACUGAGCACUCACGUGCUGCAGGUGGACAUGCAGCUGUUCUAUAGACUGAGCACUCACGUGCUGCAGGAGGAUGUGCAGCUGUUCUUACUGCAGGUGGACAUGCAGCUGUUCUGUAGACUGAGCACUCAUGUGCUGCAGGUGUACAUGCAGCUGUUCUGUAGACUGAGCACUCACGUGCUGCAGGUGUACGUGCAGCUGUUCUAUAGACUGAGCACUCACGUGCUGCAGGUGGACGUGCAGCUGUUCUAUAGACUGAGCACUCACGUGCUGCAGGUGGACAUGCAGCUGUUCUAUAGACUGAGCACUCACGUGCUGCAGGUGGACAUGCAGCUGUUCUGUAGACUGAGCAUUCACAUGCUGCAGGUGGACAUGCAGCUGUUCUGUAGACUGAGCACUCACCUGCUGCAGGUGGACAUGCAGCUGUUCUGUAGACUGAGCAUUCACGUGCUGCAGGUGGACAUGCAGCUGUUCUGUAGACUGAGCACUCACGUGCUGCAGGUGGACAUGCAGCUGUUCUAUAGACUGAGCACUCACGUGCUGCAGGUGGACAUGCAGCUGUUCUGUAGACUGAGCAUUCACGUGCUGCAGGUGGACAUGCAGCUGUUCUAUAGAAUGAGCACUUAUGUGCUGCAGGUGGACAUGCAGCUGUUCUAUAGAAUGAGCACUUACAUGCUGCAGGUGGAUGUGCAGAUGUUCUAUAGACUAAGCACUCACCUGCUGCAGGUGGACAUGCAGCUGUUCUAUAGACUGAGCCUGCAGGUGGACAUGCAGCUGUUCUUUAGACUGACCAUUCACUUGCUGCAUUUCUAUAUCUUCAGUUCAUUUCACUGA